GCCGCACGCAGCAGCAGGCUAUAACGUGCGCCGCGCCCGCCGCUCUGCUCUCCUCCCCUCCCCCCGGACGCCGCGCGGGCCGGAGCGAGCGGUUGCAGGCAGGGGUCGCCUCGCGCCGGGUGCUCCCCCUUCUCGGGACAAACGGAAACCCCUCACCCCCGUCCCGCCCGUCGUCCGCCGGCCGCGGCCCCGCUCCCCCACCUUCCCGAUUCCUCGUCUCGAUCCCAUCCGCCGCCCGCCCCGCCCCAGAGCCCACGCACCUUUCCUCCCGUUUCCCCACGCGCGCAGCGCGCUCCGCCCCGGCCGCGCUCUGCCCCCGAACCCAAAAGUCGCUUUUCGGGCGGCUCGCUAGGGUUUUUUUCUGCGUUUUCCGGGCCAUGUCGUACCCGCUUGUCCCCGCCUGACUCGAUUCACUCGCCUGCCGGCUGCUGCGGCGGCCUGCGAUAGCCAGCUUCCGGGGUUCCAUCCGACCCAAUGGAGGAAGACGAGCAGGCGGCGCAGGGCCCGGAGCCGGAGCCGCCCCGGUGCGGGAGGCACCCGUCCCAGCUCCUCACCGGCAUCUGCUCCUCCUGCCUCAUGGAGCGCCUCUCCUCCGUGCGCGACCAGCCCGAGGCCGAGAUCGUCGAGGUCGCCGCCGCGGAGCCCGCCGGGGGGUCCGGCGCCGCGGACCAGGGCAAGCUGCGGCAGACGCUCAUGCUGCUCUUCCAGCUGGACGACUGCAGCGGCGUCGCGCAUUCGUCACCAGCGAAGGACCCCCAGUCGUCGGCGGAGUUCCAGUUCGGCUCUAGAGGGGCGGAUCGAGGGGGAGAGCAGAAGGGGCCCCGGUCGUGGCUCAGGUCCAUUUUGCCGAGGAGAGGGAUGCGGUGGAGGAGGAGGAAUGGGGGCUCCGUGAAGGAGCCCUCGCCGCCGCCGCAGCCGCGGAGGGAGGCGGCGGAUCCGAGCGCCAGCAACGGCGGCGGCGAUGCGCAGGUGGAGCGGAAGCCGAGCUUCCGGCGCUCGUGCGAGUGGAUGGCGUUCCGGGAACCGAGCAGGGGCUCCCUGGAGCCGCCACGCCACUCGUGGGACGGGUCGAUGGUGGGCAGGGCCUUCGCGUGUUCCUUCGCCUGCUUAGAGGAGCCACCGGAUGCGGCAACGAGGGCGAGGAGGAGCAAUGCGGAGGAAGCAGUUGGGGAGACCCCAGCCGUGGCCGCAGAGACCAGGAAUGGGGGGCACUCAGUUGAUGCAGGUGGCGAUGGGCGGCGUUUCAGGGGAAGGGGGUCUGGUGACACUGGGAUGGAGAUGUCUGUCUCUGGAGUUGGAAGACGGAGGUCCAACAGGUGGAGCAGGGUGUGGGAUCGCAGCAUAACAAGCCCUCUCAAGGAAUUUGUGAGGAAGGGAGAGCAUGUCCUUGAGCGGUCCCUGUCCGAGUCAAGGAAGGAAAUCCGGAGGGGUAAAAAUGCGGAAGCAGCAGACAUCAGUGGUGAAAUUCAUUCUGGGCGCAAUGGACAUGUUUCGGGCAGAGCAAGCCAAGGCACGGGUCGAACUUCACAGGCUGCAUCCAAUGGGGAUGUACAGAAUUUCCGGACCGAUUGGCUUAAGAAUAGCAAGAUUGGUAGAAGCAGAAGUGUGCAUUAUACAUCUCCUGGGAACUUGGACAAUGGCAUGCUGCGGUUUUAUCUGACACCCAUGAGAAGCACGAGAACUGCAAACAGGGCAAGAAGGAGAAGUUCACGUUUGUUUGCAAGAGGGCUUUUUGGUUUCAUAUGAUCAGCUGAAGUAGAAUAUCAGACCAUGCCAUGUGUUUUAGAAGAUGGCAGCAGCAGAAGCAACUUUUCUUUGCAAUCUACUUGGUUUCUAAGGAUUGGCAACAUCGUUGCAGAGAAUUCACAUUCCUUGAAUGGAAUGUUGCUCUCUCGCAUAUUCAGCCCCUUCAGUCUCCUACUCGGCGUGGAUGCUGCGGAAGCAUCCUCUUAUCCACAUAAACAUACUAUGCGGUCUCCAACUGACAUUUCUGCUCCAUCGGCAUGCUUCCUGGUUUGAAAAUUACUUGGAGAAAUCGUGCUGCUGUAUGGACAUUUGGCGUACUAUUUCUCUGCAGCGCCUGCAUGCUACCUUGCUGUCAGGCAAACAAUUCUUGAAUAAAGUCAGAACAAAACCAGAGGAUCCAAUCAUUCCCAGAGUAGUCCAACUACAUGGGCAAGAAUGAAGCAAUGUGGACCAUGGACACAGAGGAAGAUUUCAUUAGCAUUGUGUGCAAUCUUCGAAGAAAUAACUUACAAGGGAAUCAAAUGCAAUCGUGAGCAACAGCUACAUGCUUUCUAAAUAAGCCUGGGAGACUACCGGUUGCUUUCCAACUUGGCUGGAGAGUCUACCACAGCAUACAUACUCCAAAUGACAUUAAGAGAUGCUGAUGGCCUAGCCUGCCAUUCUAAAUUCCCAUUCUGUAAGGCAUCAGAGUCAAAAGCACUCUGGUGCUUGUAUUGAAAUACAAAUGGAUACUCAGAUUUGAACUAUAUCUCUCAAUGUCUUUCCAGAGUUGGUAAUGUGGUAUGUGUCACAUCAGAGGUGGUGAGCUACAAUUCUUUGUGUAUAUGUGGGAUUGCUAUAGCGAUGUAUAAGUUUGGCUCUGUUAUUUCUUUCUCCAUCAACCUGAACUUUGUUUGCCUAAUUGCCUGUGUAAUUUCUUCCUCUGUAAUCCUGAACUUUGGUGCAAUUUGGCAUUGAUAUUUAAGUUCUCUUUAU